AUGCAACGUAAAUACCUGUUAUUUAUUACGAUAUUUCUACUGUUCGAGCCGGUCCCCGCUUGGAGAUCUGAUACUGUGAAAGAAUGGGCGCGAACAUUAGGGGACGAAUUGUGGAGGCUCAGCGAGUCGCUAACCAAAUCCGAUCAAAUCAGGAUUAAAUACAAACAAAUGAACGCGAGCGUCAAGAAAAAAGAUGGAGGACAAAUAUUGGAAUCCUCGUUGCGGUCAGUGAGCACAAUGUUGACGAGAAAAAUUAACGCAGUAAAGUGCAUUCACGCGACGGCGGAGCGCCUGGCGUCCGAAUUCAAUUUCACAGAAGCAAUAAGCGAGAACUUCAGUUAUUGUUCAGCCAAAUAUUCCAAUUUCUUCUUCGAAGAUGGCACCGAGCUCGAGAGGACAGAGGACAUUCCGAAAUUCGCCACAGACAACCCGCACUAUAUUAACGUUUCGUUAGAACAAGAUUCUCAUUUCUAUGACAUCAGUAUUAAUACAAAUAUGAGCUGCGUACAUGUUCCCACAAACAUUUAUUAUAAAGAGGAAGACGCGUUAACAGCGAUCCUUUGGUCGAAAGGCCUCAACGAGAUCUUCAUAAAGAACUACAAUUCUGAUCCGUCCCUGGUCUGGCAGUACUUCGGCAGUUCCCACGGCGUCCUGCGCUUUUAUCCCGGAAUGCCAUGGAAUAUGAAAGAAGCUGACACCUACGACUGCAGAGUGAAAUCCUGGUACAUAGAAGCCGCUACCUGCUCCAAGGACGUGAUCAUCCUCUUCGAUGUCUCUGGAUCGAUGACUGGAUUCAAGAACUACGUGGCAAGGAGGACUUUAGAGUCACUUUUAGCCACUUUGUCUAACAACGAUUAUGUAAAUGUUUACACGUUUAAGGCGAAUACUUCAGAAGUCGUGUCGUGUUUUGUCGGCUUAGUCCAGGCCACCUUGGAGAAUUUGUCGACAAUAAGUAACACUCUCGAGCCGACGGAUGGCGGGAAAAAACACAAAGUACCCCUCGAAGGGAACGCUAAUUUAACUGAAGCCUACAAAAAAGCUUUCACGACGCUAAAAGAGAGACGUCAUCAUUGCAACGUUACCAGUUCCCAGGGUUGCAAUCAACUGGUGAUGGUGAUCACAGAUUAUGUCCCGGGAAACUUGACGGAGGUUUUUGAGGAGUACAAUCGUGAAGUAGUGGACGGACGGACGUAUAUACCAGUUCGAGUGUUCACUUAUCUCAUUGGAAAGGAGGUGACAAAUGUGAGGGAGAUACAGUGGAUGGCUUGCUUAAAUAGAGGAUUCUUCGUCCACAUCCACUCCGUUGAGGAGGUACAGCAGCAAGUCUUAAAAUACAUCAACGUGAUAGCUAGACCUAUGAUCCUGGCAGGAGAGGAACCUCCCCCCACUUGGACACAUGCUAAUAUCGACUAUACGAGAACUGAAAAAUGGGACGUGAGCCGUGAUGUUUCGACGCCCGACGAGGAUAAACUCGUGACGUCAGUAGCAAUACCAGCAUUUGAUUAUAACUACAACGAGAAUCACAAUGAUGCCAGACUGUUGGGAGUGGCUGGCACUGAUGUCCCCAUAGAUAGCAUCGCUAAGUUGGCUCAGCCCCAUCAGCUUGGAGUAAAUGGCUACUCUUUUAUUGUUAGUAACAACGGAUAUCUUCUUUUACACCCUUUUCUAAUAAUCACGAUAAAUGGUGAAUUACAAGAGAAUUACAACAGUGUAGAUUUCGUGGAAGUGGAACAAGUGGACGAUGGUAAGGGUCCACGCGAAUUGGGAGACCAGAUCAAGGAGCUUCGAGAGCACCUCGUUAACGGCACUGAUGGAAACAUGACCAGCGUAAAAGUGCUCUUCCAUUACGACAAUAUGAGGAGGAUAGCCCGGGUGAAACACGAUUACUUCUUCAAUAAAUUAGAGGGGACGCCUUUCUCAAUGGGAAUCUCUCUACCCAUGGGCUAUGGUGACACGGAGUUGAUGCUAAAAGACAAUCCGUUGGAGGCGAAGCAGGGCCAGGAUUUGAUUGGAGUCAAUGUUACCAGCUAUUUCAACUUCACGUUUCGAGUUCAUCCCGAUUGGGUGUACUGCAAAUACCAUUAUUUAGAAGGCCACGAAUCGGAAGACUUCGAAGUCGAGAUCUUCAAGUUCCUGGUGAACCUAUCGAAGAAUAAAAUUGAUAUCACAAAGAAACAAUACGGAGACGAAACUCAAGAUGUGCCGUUUAAUGUAGAGACCCACUGUGGUACAACACCGUUGGGUAAAGACGAUUACUACUGUAACGAAGAUCUGGUAAAGCAAUUAGUGUUUGACGCGAAAUUGUCUACUCCGUACUUCAGGCAUUGGGAAGCCACAGACCAGGAACGGGAACUAGCCAAGAAGUACAACGUCAGUGUACGUUUCAUUGCGACAUCUAGCGGUUUAACUCGGUGGCAUUACAUCUUUGAUGAUGAUAAGAAUGAAGUAGUUAACGAGCAUGGAUUUCGGGAGAAGGAAUAUGACGGACCGGUUUUCGGUGAUCAGUACCACAACGCUAUUGAAGAGACGUGGUACAAAGCUGCAGUACUUCAACAUAUGAUUAGCAAAGAGUCCCUAGUGAUAGCUACCCCUUUACCAAUACUGGACACCACCAUUACUUCUAGACCAUCGGUUCUGAACGAAGAAGGCGAUAUAACUAUAACAGCCAGUUACGCCAUUUUUUACAAAGAUGGCGACUCUGAAACACCCGCCGGUGUUGUGGGCUUUCAAUAUUUACACUCGAAUUUCCACGAAGUUUUCCAAGGUAUAACCAACCAGGAUGGUGAUGAGCUAACAUGCAACAAGGAGGGCAAUUAUGACUGCUACCUCAUCGACAGUUCAGGGUACAUAGUGCUAUUAGUUGAGGAAAAUGAGGAAAACACAGUAGGAGAUUUCUUCGGGCACAUAAACCCUUAUGUUCUACAAUCUUUCAUUGAUAAAAAUAUCUUUGAAUACGUGGAGGUAUUUAAUUAUCAAGCACUGUGUCCAAUAUCUAUGAUUAAAACUCAAAGUGGCGCUUCUUCGUUGAACUCGAUGUUCGGUGCUCUGUCAAACUUAUUCAAAUGGUUGUUAACUGAGGCCUUUUUUAUAAUUUUCGAUUUUGGAAAUUGGAAAAAUCAACUGUAUGCGGCUACCUUCGAUCCCUAUGUUGCUGACAGAGAAGAGACAACUACACUGUAUCCAGAAACAGCAACAGAUAGAACAGAAAACGAAACCCUGGAAGCUAAAGAAGAAGAAGAAGAAGGCAAGCGUUUCUUUUCAUGCGACCACAGCAUCAAACUGUACAUUCUAAACCAAUCGUACUUUCUGAACUCGAUGAUCCUAUCGCCUGUGGUCUAUGAAGAACACGCUGGUGACUGUCAUCCGCCAUAUUGGGCGACUCUGGUCCCAAAAACGAAUUUGCUCUUAGUUGUAGUGGAGAGGGGGGCUUGGAAAUUUAAAAAGGACUGCACUAUCCCCCCCAAAUACUGUUCCGAUUCCGACCAUAGAUUCCACUACCAGCCGAGAACCGUGUCAUAA